AUGGGCUAUAUAGCCAUCUGUUCACUUAUUCGUCCGGGGGAAGCCAUUGUCAUUGGUGCAGUAGGUGCUCUCCUAGCCUGCCCUGGAUGUGCUCUUCUCGAGCAGCUCCGAAUUGAUGACCCUGUCGGUUGCGUGCCCACGCACGGUAUGGCGGGAAUUUGGGGCCUAUUGUCCGUCGCCUUCUUUGCCGAGAAAGACAUACUCGAAAAUAGGUUCUCUCAUGAAUUUGGAAUCCUCAAGGGCGGUCCUUGGUCCUUCUUGGGGGUCCAACUGCUAACGGUGGUUGCUAUUGGCGGCUGGGCUGCGCUUGCAACAUUUCUAGAGCUGCUAUUGGUCAAGCAGCUUCUAGGACUUCGCAUGAGCGUGGAGGAUGAGUUAAAGGGUGCUGACAAAGUGGAGCAUGGAAUUGACGAACGCGAUCCGCAAUCGACUCGAGACAGUUGUGGCGUCAGUGGGAAAGAAAAUGGGCGCGAGGAUGCAUUGAAAACAGCAGAUGUAAAUGGGAUUAGUUCGGAAGCUUCUGAAAUUGACGGAACUUUAGGGCUAUACGAAAGUAGGGUGUGA